UUUCCCCUUCUUCUAUAAUUCAUCUUGAGGAGCUUUUAGUACUUGGAGAGGUAAUGCUGAUAUGCAAAUACUUAAAAUUCAAGGAAGGAUGCAUUCGGUGUCAUCAAAAAGGGACAGAUAAAGCACUGGUAGCAUCCAGAGGAGGGGGUGAUUACUUCCACCAUUGGGGAUCAGGAGACUUCCACAAAGGUGGACACUGACAGCUGGGAUUCCAGUUGGAAGGAAGAUCCAGGGAGGGGAAGGAAGAAGUCCCAUAAGCAAAAAAUACAAAUGCAGGAAAACCGGUCCUGUUUGGCUGAGCUGUUGAGUGUUUCAAAGGAUCUUUGGCUCUAAACUUCAAUUAUAACCUAAUCAAAGCAGGUGACAAAUAUCAGAAGAACUCUGUGCUUUAUCUUUGAAUGCUUUUGAAAAAAAAAAAAAAAAGGUGGUAUUAGAAGCCGUGCUUAGCAAUGUUCGUAUAGGAUUCCUUGUUAGGGGUAAUAACACCAGUGAAAAAGACGUUAAUUAUACUUGCCGUGAGAGGUGAUGUAUACUGCUAUCACUACCUUUAAUUAGCCUUGAGGAAAGUUUACUUCUCUUUUCCCCUCAGCAGAUAGACUGUUGUGUGAUUUCAGACAAUAGACAACAGCUGACUUUUGUGAUGCUUCUUCCUCAAGGUAGUCAUAAUUAUUAGAGACUAAUUUUUUUAUUCGCAACAAUCUCCUUCCCUUGGCUCUUAGAUAUUGUCUUGAUAAGAGCAACGGGGUGUGGAAGGUGGAGUUAUAUACGUGUUCAGAAUUUAGUGGUCAGUAUUUUUUUUUUUUUAAUCAAGUGCAAGGUGAUUUUGGAGAGACUCUUUGUCUGAACAACUAUUAACAGUGACCAUUAAUGGAGGAGGAAGAAAAAGUGAAGAUACAGAUUGGGCAGAGAAUGGCAGAAGGAAUAUUUCCUGAUAUCUGAGUGGUUGCCAUCUGAUGAGAUACAGACGUGCUACAAUGCUAAUAUGAAACAAACAGAAGUAAGGCAGACAGAUAAAGAUGCACACUCUAAUCUAACCCUGGUGGUUAGAUACCCGGGCUGGAGGUUGUGGGGAAGAGCAACAUGAAAAGUAUUAAAAGAAAGUCUCCAGAUACUGCCUUAAAAAUAUGUAUAUAUAUAUAUAUAUAUAUUUUUUUUUUUCUGAAGGGGCAGAGUAGAGAAUCGUUGAAAAAGAGGUACAAGUUUUAAGGAUAAACACAGAGGAACAGGAAGUGGGGAGGAGGACUCAGAAAUUAAAGAAGGAAGUGGACCUCCAGAAAAUAUUUUUAAGAUAAUUUAAUCUGUGUGUUGCUUUGUGGUUUCUUGGUACCAACUGGAGAUGUUUGUAAAAAAUGUCAUUUGCACGUUCAAAAGCAAAUGCUUCAGCGAUCUCUGGAAUAGAUGCACAGCUUGAAAGAUAUUUCUAACUGGUCUGUUUAGGGUCCCAGAGUCAGCUUAAGAAACUAAUUAUAGAAAGAAGUGAAGCAAUUUCAAAUGGGUAACCAGGAUUUCAAUUCCAACUGUUUCUUUGUCCCCUUUCCUCCCUUUGUAGGUGACACGACUGAUGAUCAGUGAGAAUCAGACGAUGAUGACUGAAUUCUUCUUCUCUUUGUUCCCAGAUCCGUAUGAAGGUGGUCUUUUAUUCUUUAUUCCCUUGCUUUUCACCUAUGGAUUUAUCAUAACUGGGAACCUAAUGAUAUUCAUUGUCAUCCAGCUAGACGUGGCACUUCACACCCCAAUGUACUUCUUCAUCAGUGUCCUCUCCUUCCUGGAGAUCUGGUAUACCACAACCACCAUCCCGAAGAUGCUCUGCAACCUAGUCAGUGAGCAGAAGAGCAUCUCUCGGGCUGGCUGCCUCCUGCAGAUGUACUUCUUCCACUCGCUUGGCAUCACAGAAGGCUGUGUCCUGACAGCAAUGGCCAUUGACAGGUACAUAGCUAUCUGCAGUCCUCUCCAUUACCCGACCAUUAUGACUCCCAAAUUGUGUAUUCAGCUGACAGCUGGCUGCUGCCUCUGUGGCUUCCUCCUUGUGCUCCCUGAAACCGCAUGGAUCGCAACCUUGCCUUUAUGUGGCUCCCACCAGAUCCAGCAGAUCUUCUGUGACUUCACGCCUGUGCUAAGGUUGGCCUGCACAGAUACAUCGCUGGUGGUCAUUAUGGAUGCCAUUCAUGCAGUGGAAAUCCUGGCCUCCUUCUUGGUCAUCACCCUAUCUUACAUUCGGAUCAUCGUGCUAAUCCUAGGGAUGCCCUCAGCAGAGGGCCGUCACAAGGCCUUUUCCACCUGUGCUGCCCACCUUGCUGUGUUCCUGCUGUUUUUUGGCAGUGUAGCUGCCAUGUAUUUGCGAUUCUCAGCCACCUACUCAGUGUUCUGGGACACAGCAAUCACUGUCACCUUUGUUGUCCUCGCUCCCUUCCUCAACCCCCUCAUCUAUAGCCUCAGAAACGAGGACAUGAAAGAUGCCAUUGGGAGACUUUUCUACUCCCAGAAGAGGGUCGGUCGGUGGAGCUCGGAGAUAUUUCUAGAUCAGGGAGACACUGAAAAGCCUCCUGGAAGUUCAAAUUUUUGCUGUUCAUUGUUUAGUCUAUAAUUGUGAUCUUUUUUCUACUGCCAUAUCUCUCAUUCUACUACCAUUAACAAGACUGAAAAACAGCUGUGUUCAGGUCAUUGGUAGCAAAUAGUCUGUUUACAUCAGUAGGCUUACCAUACUUGUGAUAGCUAAAUGUAGUGUGCAUGGAUUCUACUGCUUUGUACCACUCGUUGGCUUUCUCCUCACACUCCACCAGCUGGGCUUCUGCCCUUGUCUUUCUUCUUUGGCCCCAUAUGCUGGUGGGUGCAAAGAGUAAGGUAGAAGAGAAAUCUGUAAAGGACAUGAUAGUUCUGAAAGUCACUACUGUUAACUUCCUGCAAUUCUCUUUCCAGCAACGAAUCCCUCUAUUAUGCAAUAUCCUAAGCUAAUAAAAAGUGUCCUAACAUUUCUCCUAUUUAGUCCAUAAACUCUAUUCAAUAGCCAUGGACUAAUGAU